CUGCGCCAAAACGGACAGUUCCAUCCGCUCGCUGCUGCCGAUCUGAGUUUCAGUGAAGGACUGAGCAGAACAAGGGAAGAAAGCACUCUUUGCGCCUUUAGAAGUUAAAAAUAACGUAUAAAUCAGCUAAUUUGUCGUAUUUCUUCGGGGUGUGUCCAUCAGAAACAUCUGCAGUGAGGAAGGUUGAAUGCAAAGAGCAGCACGGGUAAAUUAUUGAUUGGGACGGUCCUGCUAUAAAAGGAGACGCCGCCUGGGUUCUGCUCUUGUCUUCAAACGCCAAGAUGAGCUACGGAUCCGACAUUUACUCUGCCUCUUCCUACCGGAAGAUCUUCGGGGACUCCGCCCGCUUCUCAGCCUCUCCAUCCCGGCUGGGCAGCUCCCGGAGCGGGUUUAAAUCCCAGUCCGUGACCCGCACCAACAUCCCAAGCUCCUACAAGCGCUCCACCCGAUCUGCUUAUCCAUCUUUGUCUCUGGAAAGCUUCGACUUCACCCAGAGCACAGCGGUUAAUAAUGAGUUCAAAAUCAUCCGUACCAACGAGAAGGAGCAGAUGCAAGGACUCAAUGACCGUUUCGCGAUGUUCAUUGAGAAAGUUCGCAAUUUGGAGCAGCACAACAAAGUGUUGGAAGCCGAACUCGUGACCCUGCGCCAGCGCCAGACAGAACCGUCCCGUUUGGCUGAACUCUACCAGCAGGAGAUCCGGGAACUGCGGUCCCAACUCGAGGAACUCAACGCGGAGAAGAAUCAGAUAAUGUUCGAGCGCGACAACAUUGAGGAUGAGUUUCAGAAACUCCAGGAGAAGUUCGAGGAGGAGAUGAGAAUGCGCGAGGAAGCUGAGCAAACGCUUAGAGCUUUCAAAAAGGAUGUGGACAACGCCACCAUGGUGCGCCUGGACCUGGAGAAAAAGGUCGAAUCCCUUCUGGAUGAGAUCAACUUCAUGAGAAAGUUGCACGAGGAGGAGGUGGCUGAACUCAUGAGCAUGAUCCAGGCUGCCCAGGUGUCUGUUGAGAUGGAAGUGGCUAAACCCGACCUUACCUCCGCCCUCAAGGAGAUUCGCGGUCAGUACGAAGUGAUUGCGAGUAAGAACAUGCAGUCCGCUGAAGAGUGGUACAAGUCCAAGUUCGCCGAUCUUAGCGAACAGGCCAACAAGAGCCAGGAGGUCAUUCGCGCCAGUAGGGAAGAGCUCAACGAGUUCAGGAGGCAGCUGCAGUCCAAGACCAUUGAAAUCGAGAGUUUAAAGGGAACCAACGAAUCACUGGAAAGGCAGCUUCAUGAGAUGGAGGAAAGGAGCAACGCUGAGAUCAUGGGUUACCAGGAUACAAUUGGGCAGAUGGAGAAUGAGCUGAGGACCACUAAGAACGAGAUGGCCCGUCAUCUUAGGGAGUACCAAGACUUGCUGAAUGUCAAGAUGGCGCUUGACAUAGAAAUUGCUGCUUACAGGAAAUUGUUGGAGGGGGAGGAGACACGUAUCAGCACUGGGAUCAACUACCCCACCCCUGGCUCGGUGUCCAGCUACAGCUACCAGUCCCGUAUGUACAGCAGCACUAGCGUGAGCGGAAAGAAGGAAAGCAAGGAUGAUGAUGACAAACAUCAGCAGAGCAGCAAAUCCGUCAAAGGCUCCUCCCAGUCUGACGACUCCAAGAAGGGUGACAAAAUCGACUCUGGAGACGUGAAUCCCACCAACCAGAAAAACUAAAAAUCUCACCCCUCUUACUUUCAUCCUCUCCUCCUUCUGCUUUCUUCAUUACUCUCUUUCCUUUUCCCAAUUAACUCCCCUCCAUAAAGGGGGUCUCAGAGAGGAAUUUAGUGUUUUUCAACUUAUUCUCCACUAAUUAAUCUCCCACUCAGUCACAGAGCAGCAGUCCUUCUGUAGCAAACCACUAACUACUCAAGACACGCAAGGUGUCACAUUGAUCAAUACAUAUAUUUCCAGAGUCAUGUCGCCCCUGUUAACUGCACUAUAAUAAGCUUCUCUCAGCACAUUCGUUAAGGUAAUGUUUAAGUGUUAAGCUUUGGUGAAGGUAGUUUUUCCAAAAUCCAGCACAAAACUUGACUUGCAAUAAUGUUUUCUGUAAGUUGAAUGCAAUGACAAAGCAAUUAUUGUUGCCAGCCUUUGUAACGUUAACUUCUUGGCAUGCUCAUACAUUCCUGAAAAAAACAACAACCCAGAACUAGAUAUACAUAGCUUCAAAAAACUCAACUCAGCCAAAUUCCUCUCCAAGACUGCUCUUGAUUCUUUUUUAAGCAUCUUCUUCCAACACCCACCCACUUGCCCUUUAAACAUGACAAGGAUUUGAGCCUAAUAGCAAGUCCUCACUGCAUGAGGUGUGUGUGCAGUUUGCAUGGUGACUGUAUGUAGGUCCAAUAGCAGUUUACCAACACUUUCAUAGCAGCGUGCCUGCCAUCCCUCUCAGUACUUAAAGGCUGCAUUAAAUCACCAGCCAAUGGGCAAGACUGGGAGUGAGAAUGUUACACAAUACUGCUGAAGCCUUUCACAUGCUGCUAAAUGCUUGUGAUCAAUACAAAUUUUGACAAAUACUGUAUCAAGCCAGGGCACUUAAAUGUAUGUAAACAGCAUCUCAUCCAUAUCAACUGUCAGAACAAAAGGAAAAGGAUAGAAUGAUUGGGAAAAUAGGAGAUAUGUAUUUUGAAAAGAAAGUGUGAGUUUGAAUGAGAAACAAGAAAUGGAAGAUGGAAGGACUUUUUGAGCCAGUUUUAAAGGGUUAGUUCACCCAAAAAUAAAAAAAUAAUGUAAUUUAUUACUCACCAUCAUGUCGUUCUACACCUGUAAGACCUUCCUUCAUCUUCGGAACACAAAUUAAGAUAUUUUUGAUGAAAUAUGAUGGCUCAGUGAGGCCUCUAUAGCCAGCAAGUUAAUUUACACUUUCAGAUGCCCAGAAAGCUACUAAAAAGAUAUUUAAAACAGUUCAUGUUAGUUCAGUGGUUCAACCUUAAUAUUAUAAAGCGAUGAGAAUACUUUUUGUGCGACAAAGUCACGUGAUUUCAGCAGUUUGACACGCAAUCCGAACUGCUGAUUCAAAACAAAAGAUUCUAAGCAGUGUUUUGAAAUCGGCAAUCACUAGAUAUUAUUGAAAAGUCGUUAUUUUGGGUUUUUUUGGCGCACAAAAAGUAUUCUCGUCGCUUUAUAAUAUUAAAGUAGAACCACUGAACUCACAUGAACUGUUUUAAAUAUGUUUUUACUUUAUUGGUGCUGAAAGUGUAAAUUAACUUGCUGGCUAUAGAGGCCUCACUGAGCCAUCGGAUUUCAUUAAAAAUAUCCUAAUUUGUGUUCCAAAGGUCUUACGGGUGUAGAACAACAUGAGGUUGAGUAAUAAACUACAUUAUUUUCAUUUUUGGGUGAACUAACCCUUUAAGUUCAGUGUACCCUGCUGCUUCUGAGUUUGUCUAGAAUUAGUUGUGUUUGGGCGUAAAAACUGUUAAGAAAACUAAAAGUUAGAAUAUACAUAAACAUCUCAACAUUCUCCUUGUAUACUUAUGGAUGCCUGAAGCACAUUGACAGUGUGUCACAAACACAACUUAUCACAAUGCAUCUCAAACACCUAAACUUCAUACUUGAAUCUAGUUGUCUACACUCAGUGUACUCUCAUGCAAAGAAGCCACUGUCAUAGUGAACCUCUAUAAACCAUGGGUCAACAAUGAAUCCCUUUGGUAAACUUAUAAUAUAUUAAAUGUAAAUGCUAGUGAAAUAUCCUCAUAAAACGUCUGCUACACUGCCAGGUUUUGAUACCACUUGCCUCUUGCCUCUAUGUUAUGGCUUUAUUGAGCCUGACUUGCUGCACUCUUUCAAUGUAUAGUUUGAACAGAUUGAUAUAGUUGGACUUAACGUACUUUAAGAAUUGUAUUACAGGAAGCAAGUAAAUGGAUUUUUUUCUCUGUCGGAAUUAAUUUUUCCGAUAAACGCUGUGACAUUGGCAUGCUUAGCUGCGAGGGAAUGUCAGGCAAAUCUGGAAAUUUGUCUUUCCAUUCUCACAGAUGCUCUCUGGUAACGCUGUCACAAAAAUCUGCAUCCAAUCUGAACGUUUUGGGAAUUGCUCCGUUACUUUUGGGAGGGUCAAAGGUGAUUGCAGAAAGCGUAGCGACAAUGCAGUUUGAAGAAGGAGAAUUUCAAACCUGCACUGCCAAACUUUUGUAAUGCAUGUGCGAUCAACAUUCCUCCAUAAUGGCAACACACUUUUACACCAAUACAUAACAAUCCAUCUAAAAUGCUACUGUUUAUGUAUGAAUGCUCUAGGUUAUAAAAAUGCCUUAAGCCACCAGCAGCUUUCUGAAUCUGGCAGAGUGUGCAUUAACAUUUUAUUUCUGCUAAGAUUGUGACCUUGUUUGCUAUUUAGUGUGUAGGGGCCACUGUGUACUGGAUGACUGAAAACUUUAGGAGCUGAAUGUAGUUGAUGUCUCUAUUUAAUCAUUAUCUACUGCUGUAUGGCACAUGACCAAUAAAGACUUGACAUUAUGAAGCCCA